AUCUCCAUUGAGUUUUUAGUGAGAGGAAACCAGAGAGAAGAAUCAGUUGGGUUUUGGGAAUCGAAGGUGGUGUGGAAUAGUGGAAUUGAGAGAGGGGAGAAUAGUAAGCUCUGUAUGUCAGAGGAUUAUUAUUACUAUUAUAGUAACAAGUACUACGGGGGUUACGGUGAAAUUGCGAAUCCAAUUCAAUGGCCUCAACUCAGGAAAAGACGACGUCACGAAAUGCUUCCGCCCCUUCUGCAGCAACAGAAUGGACUACUGCCGGUGGAACCGUAACUGAUGUUUCUGAUCGGACUGCCAGAUCGGCGAACAUCAAAAUAGCUGCUGCUGCUGCUCCGUCACCUUUGACGGCUGUGAUCGACUCUAUUGAUCGUCCUUCUCCACCUAAUCCGCCUGCCGUUAAAGGACUGCCUACCUUGUUGAGGGCUCAAUCUCACCAUCCCUUGGACCCCCUAACUGCUGCUGAAAUCUCCGUGGCUGUGGCAACUGUCAGGGCAGCUGGAAGUACUCCUGAGGUGAGAGAUAGCAUGCGCUUUGUCGAGGCUGUUUUGGUGGAACCAGACAAGAAUGUGGUUGCUUUAGCUGAUGCAUACUUCUUCCCUCCAUUCCAACCAUCUUUAUUGCCGAGAACAAAAGGAGGGCCUGUAAUUCCUAGCAAACUUCCUCCAAGGAAGGCUAAACUGAUUGUUUAUAACAAGAAAUCCAAUGAGACCAGCAUAUGGAUUGUUGAGCUCUCAGAGGUUCAUGCUGUCACUCGAGGAGGACACCACCGUGGAAAAGUCAUUUCAUCCAAGGUUGUGCCUGAUAUACAGCCUCCAAUGGACGCUGUUGAAUAUGCUGAAUGUGAAGCUGUGGUGAAGGAUUUCCCUCCUUUUCGUGAUGCAAUGAAGAAGAGAGGAAUCGAUGAUAUGGAUCUUGUGAUGGUCGAUGCCUGGUGUGCAGGUUAUUUCAGUGAGGCUGAUGCACCUAACCGCCGUCUAGGAAAACCUCUUAUCUUUUGCAGAACUGAGAGCGACUGUCCAAUGGAAAAUGGCUAUGCUCGGCCAGUUGAAGGAAUUCAUAUACUGGUUGAUAUGCAGAAUAUGGUUGUGAUAGAAUUUGAAGAUCGUAAACUGGUUCCAUUACCUCCAGCUGAUCCAUUGAGAAAUUACACUCCUGGUGAAACGAGGGGAGGGGUUGACCGAAGUGAUGUUAAACCUCUUCUUAUUAGUCAGCCUGAAGGUCCUAGCUUCCGUGUGAGUGGGCACUUUGUUGAAUGGCAGAAGUGGAAUUUUCGUAUUGGUUUUACCCCCAAGGAGGGUCUGGUUAUCUAUUCUGUUGCAUAUAUUGAUGGUAGCAGAGGCCGUAGACCUGUUGCGCAUAGGCUGAGCUUCAUUGAAAUGGUAGUCCCCUAUGGGGAUCCAAAUGAGCCACAUUACAGGAAAAAUGCUUUUGAUGCAGGGGAAGAUGGGCUUGGUAAAAAUGCACAUUCCUUAAAGAAGGGUUGUGAUUGCUUAGGCUAUAUUAAAUAUUUCGAUGCACAUUUUACAAACUUCACAGGCGGUGUUGAGACAAUUGAAAAUUGUGUCUGCUUACAUGAGGAGGAUAACGGAAUCUUAUGGAAGCAUCAAGAUUGGAGAACAGGUUUAGCUGAAGUACGACGUUCCCGAAGGCUGACAGUGUCUUUCAUCUGUACUGUGGCAAACUAUGAGUAUGGAUUUUACUGGCACUUUUAUCAGGAUGGGAAAAUCGAGGCUGAGGUUAAGCUGACUGGAAUUCUCAGCUUAGGUGCUCUUCUACCAGGGGAAGUUCGAAAGUAUGGUACAACUAUUGCACCUGGCUUGUAUGCACCUGUACAUCAGCACUUCUUUGUGGCUCGCAUGGAUAUGGCUGUUGAUUGCAAAGCUGGGGAAUCACAUAAUCAGGUGGUUGAAGUAAAUGCUAAAAUUGAGCCACCAGGAGAAAAUAAUGUUCAUAAUAACGCGUUUUAUGCUGAAGAGAGAUUGCUUAGAACUGAACUGGAAGCAAUGCGUGAUUGUAAUCCUCUAACUGCUCGGCAUUGGAUUGUCCGGAAUACAAGAACAGUCAAUCGCACGGGGCAGUUAACUGGUUUCAAGCUAGUACCAGGUACAAACUGUCUGCCACUAGCUGGCUCAGAGGCAAAGUUCUUGAGAAGAGCUGCUUUUUUAAAGCAUAAUCUUUGGGUCACUCCUUACUCUCGUGAAGAGAUGUUUCCUGGAGGAGAAUUUCCUAAUCAAAAUCCUCGUGUUGGUGAGGGAUUGGCUACUUGGGUUCAGCAGAAUCGAUCCCUGGAAGAAACACAGAUAGUUCUUUGGUAUGUUUUUGGACUUAUACAUGUUCCCCGCCUAGAAGACUGGCCAGUCAUGCCGGUGGAGCACAUUGGUUUUAUGCUCCAGCCUCAUGGGUUCUUCAAUUGCUCCCCAGCUGUUGAUGUUCCUCCCAGCACAGCUGACUCGGAUAUUAAAGAAAACGGCGGGGUGAUGGUGAAGUCUUGCCACGAUGGUGGUAUAAUGGCUAAGCUUUGAGAGAUUCAAGCUAGCUUUGCAUUCUAGUAUUGAUGUCAUAAAUUGGGUUGUUAUUUUCGUGUUUGGAUGAACGGCUUCUUAAGAACAUAAACAUUUGACUGCAAGUUGGCGUUAUUGUUCUGUGGACCAAGUUCAGUGUCUGAAGUUACCUUGCUUUGUACUAGUAUUGUUUCUCUACAUCAUGGAUGAUCCAUUUGGACCCCUUUAUCCCUCCCUCUCUAAAUGAUGAUACAGAUAAUGUCGUUUUGUUGUU